AAACAGACUCUGUAACGAGUGUACAAUCAUAGCUAAAUACUGCUCCUGUUUUUAAAAGCUCAAAGAUAGACGCGGUCGUUUAUCGCAAUGCUUGAUGCGGAGACAGCGCGUGUAGGCUGUUGGCUUUUUCUUGUUAGUCUGUGUUGGGGUGGUACUAAUCCUCUGCUUAAAAGUGGUUGCCAAGGUCUCGACAGUGUGAAGGUGCAGGGGCCGUGGUGGAAGCAGUUCUUCGCGGAAGUACUGUAUAUUUUCGGUCAGAAAGAGUAUUGGAUUCCGUUCGUGAUCAAUCAGCUGGGAGGUCUGUUAUUCUUUUACUCGCUGAGUCAUGUCGAACUGUCUCUGGCGGUACCGCUGACGAACUCCUUGACCUUCGUCUGGACCGCUUUGGUGGAGAGUAUUUUUUUCGGCGGCAAAGCCCCCAAUCAAGCCACCGUAGCAGGGACUGGAUUGGUCGUGCUGGGAGUACUCUGUUGCAUCAACAAAUGAGCCUCCAGAACUGAAGCUGCCAGCUUGAAUUGGGUAAUCAAACGAAGGUAGUCUCCGAAGUUAUACCCUCAUCAAGACUUCCUACGUAAGCGUGUCGAAGCCACUAUAGAAUUAUUAGUCAAUUUCCCAGAUACGCGUACAGCACGUUCAUUAUAUAGGGGUACAGCCUCUCGAUACGAACAAAACUGGCGAAUCUUUCCCGCAAAACAAUUUGCGAUCAACAUAGGAUGCCGGCGCAUGUAGUCUUCAUAGUAUACAAUUCUAGGUAUAGCGUUCAUGUAUCAGACACUUGCAUGCACCCUGCCGAAUACGCCCUAGUUCAUCGUGUGAUGAAUUGGCAGUAAAAUGGCAAAACCCAACUGUCAGCAACUCAUCUUCCCGCCGUCAGUUUCUUCACUUAGAUGGCCUUAAGCAUGUGACUGCGCUCUAGUUGAUUUGUGAGUAUACCAUUCAGACUCGCUCAAUAAAAACAGGUGUCACCAUGCACCAAUACACACGUAACAUGUCUGUACGUGGGGAAAAACUAAACCCUACUGUUGCAU